AUGGCCACGUCUGCCAGUGCCAGCUUGAGUAAAACCAUCAAGCAGCAGUACAUGGAGCUCCCCCAAGGGGAUAAAGUCCAAGCCAUGUACAUCUGGGUUGAUGGAACAGGAGAGGGUCUCCGUUGCAAAACAAGAACUCUUGAUUUUGAACCCAAAAGCAUCGAAGAUCUCCCUGAGUGGAACUUUGACGGCUCUAGCACCUACCAGGCAGAGGGCUCCAACAGUGACAUGUAUCUGAUUCCUGCUGCCAUGUUUCGUGAUCCAUUCCGUAAAGACCCUAACAAGCUGGUGCUGUGUGAAGUCCAGAAGUACAACCGAAAACCUGCUGAAACCAACCUUCGCAUCACGUGUAAGAAGGUGAUGGAUAUGGUGGCAGACCAGCAUCCCUGGUUUGGUAUGGAGCAGGAGUACACCAUCCUGGGCACAGACGGACAUCCUUUCGGCUGGCCAUCUAAUGGUUUUCCUGGACCUCAAGGUCCAUAUUACUGUGGAGUCGGAGCUGACAAAGCCUAUGGCAGAGAUAUCGUAGAGGCUCAUUACAGAGCAUGUUUGUAUGCUGGAGUCAACAUCGGUGGAACAAAUGCAGAAGUGAUGCCUGCCCAGUGGGAGUUUCAGAUUGGACCGUGUGAGGGGAUUGACAUGGGGGAUCAUCUGUGGGCAGCACGUUUUAUUUUGCACCGUGUCUGUGAAGAUUUUGGUGUGGUGGCCUCAUUCGACCCCAAACCCAUCCCAGGAAACUGGAAUGGUGCAGGCUGCCACACAAACUUCAGCACAAAAGAGAUGAGGGAAGACGGUGGACUGAAGGUUAUCGAAGAUGCCAUUGAGAAGCUUGGAAAGAGACACGAGUAUCAUAUACGUGCCUACGAUCCAAAAGGGGGUCUCGACAAUGCCCGUCGCCUCACUGGACGCCACGAAACAUCAAACAUUCAUGAAUUCUCAGCCGGGGUGGCCAACCGCGGCGCUAGCAUCCGCAUUCCUCGUAGCGUUGGGCAGGAGAAGAAAGGCUACUUUGAGGACCGGCGCCCAUCAGCCAACUGCGAUCCGUACGGUGUGACCGAAGCUCUGAUCCGCACUUGUCUGCUGAAUGAGGAGGGAGAGGAACCAGCAGAUUACUAAAAAGCUCCAAGACUGACUUUUACCGCCCUCCCAAAUUUCUUAAAAAAAAUAAACUAGUACUGUAUUUUAUUUCUCCCACUAAGUUGGUUUUUUAACAUACAAAGUUGGCUGGUCAACUUGAAACAAGGUAAUGAGAUACUUGGUAGUUAUGAGCUGGUGAAGUCAGGGUAUGCUUUUCCUUGUGUCGUUAAACAGGGAUUGGCUUUUGUAACACUGUUCUUAGCCCACGCCAUAUCAUUCCCUCUUUGUCUGUCUGGAACUAAAACAAACUAAAGCACCAGGAUAUUGCAGAGUAGGGCUGCUAAGGCUGGACAACAUGUGUAAAGUAAUAAAUGUGACUAGUUCUUGUACUGUUAAUAUGUGUUAACCUGACUACCCAGUCCUCAGUGUUACUAAUGCUCUCAUUUUAUGAAGUGUCUGUUUUUUAAUGAUGUUUGUCCUGAGAUUCUGGCACAUUUUGGUCAACUUGUAUGGUACACUUGUAGAUGUCCCAGACAUAAGUUGGUGGAUCUUUCCAUAAUGCCAUUUGUAGAGUUUCCUCAAGGAGUUUUAUCCUUUUGUUAACUGCGAUAUAUUGUAAUGCGCUUGAUUUGGUAAAACAUAAAUUUUACUGAACCUGGUGAUUUUUAUUGAAACAUUUAAAACAUUUAUUUUUAUCACAAA